AUGGCCGAAUUCUUUUCACUAGGAGAAGGAGGAGGAAGAGAAGCAACGAAUAGUCAAGAAUAUCAUCAUCAUCAUCAAGAAACCACUAAUAGUACUCAUAAUUGGUUCUUGUACAAACAUCAUGAUCAAGAAUUAUCAACAUACAAAGGUUUCGAAUUAUGGCAACAACAACAACAACAAUCUCAUCACAAUGAGGAGGAGCAAAAUUACCAAAUUCUUCGAAACCCUAUUAUUAAUCCGUUUGGAUUAGAUAUUGGACCUAGUCAUGAUCAUCAUCAUCAUCAUCAUCACGAGACUAAUAUGAUGAUGAGAAGUAGUACUAUUACAAUAAGUUGCCAAGAUUGUGGGAAUCAAGCUAAGAAAGAUUGUCAACAUAUGAGAUGUAGGACUUGUUGUAAGAGUAGAGGUUUUCAAUGUCAAACACAUGUGAAAAGUACUUGGGUUCCAGCAGCUAAAAGAAGAGAAAGGCAACAACAACUUUCUUCUUUGCAACAACAAGAAAAAGAAGAUAAUAACAAGUCCAAAAGACAAAAAGAUGAUUCAUAUACCGG